AUGCCCCACCUGCCGCCCAGCAAGGUCAUCUUUGCGCUGCUGCAGAUACUCACCACCAUACCGGAGGACUUCAACUCGCUCUACAUUGACAAGACGAAGAAGAUCAAGGUGAGGGCGGAGCUGCAGUCGCACGCCCAGUCGGUGCUCUUCAUUGUCCACAAGGUCCUCUCUGAUGACAACAUCUCCGACAAUAUCACCCAGAUCGGCGCCAAGUGCUUCUCCAACUGGACGCAGGGCCUGGGCACGCUGGUGCUGAGUGAGCAUCACGCCAACAUCAUGGCCAUCAUACUGAAUGCCGUCUGCAGUGAGAACACCUCCCACGAGGCGGUGGAGGCGAUCGUCGACGUGUACACUAGUCCCCACAUGGAGAAGUACCCGAAGCACGUCCUCCAGCUGAUCGAGCAGAUGUCCAUCGGCCUGGAGGGCGUCAUCCUGAAGGCCUCGGCGGAGGGCAACCUCGACUUCUGCAAGGACCUGUACAUGCUCUUCAUUCAAAUCGGCGAGGCGCACACCCGUCUGCUGCUCGACUCGCUCAUCGACGCGCCCGCCUACACCGCCGUCAUUCUCAAGCUGCUGCAGAUUAUCAUGAGGUGCAGCUCGACGCCGGGCCACUACGGCCACGACGAGUACAUCAGCGACCAGCCGUUCAACUUCUGGAUUACCUUCCAGGACGACAUCAUGGGCUCAGACGAGGGGCGCAUUCAGACCUACCUGACCCUUUUCAAGGACAUCUACGACUCGCUGAUCAACUGCUUCCUCCUCAAGGUGCAGUACCCGCCGGAGGCGAUCUACCUGCACGAGUGGGACGCCGAGGAGCGGGAGAAGUUCCGCUGCUACCGCCAGGACAUUGGCGACACCUUCAUGUACUGCUUCAACAUUCUGCGCAGCUCCAUGCUGAAGGUGCUCUUUGAGCACUUCAACAAGGCCGUCGGCGCGGUCUUUGCCGCCUGCAAAGCCGCCGACCGCUCGGCCCUGGAGGAGGCGGCCCGCUACCUCGAGGCCGUCCUCUACGCCUUCAGCUCCAUCGCGGAGAACAUCGACGUGAACGAGUCGGCCGUCCUGCCGCAGCUCUUCGCCUCGCUGCACAGCAUUCCCUUUGAGAGCAUCGCCAUGGCCCGCCUGCUGGAGACCAUCAUGGCGCUCUUCUCCGCCUUCUCUGAGUGGAUCUGCUGCAACCUGAACUACCUGCA